UCCGGCCGCUGGGAGGCCGCGUCCCCAGCGGAGGGGGCAGGGCGCACUCACCCGGCCGCCCCGAGGCCGCCGGCGGCCUGUUGGCUUCUCCACCGGCGCGGUCACCGUUCAAGCGCGCUCCGUCCCCGCCCCAGAUCCUGGGGGGUGAGCGGGGGAGAAGGGGCGGGCACCCGCGAGCAGUGAAUCACCUCCUCCUCUUGCUGCCUCACCGCCGCCGCCACCUUUCCAUUCAGUCGCCCAACAUGGCUGGAGCGCGGCGGAGGUGAGCCGGCCGCCCGCAGACGCCCCAGCCUACUGUGCCCGAGUCCCGCGGCCCCGGCGGCGCCUCAGCUCUGCGGUGCGGAGGCCCAACGGCCCUGUCGCCGCCCGCCGCCAGCAUGUUGGGCGCCCCGGAUGAGAGCUCCGUGCGGGUGGCUGUCAGAAUAAGACCACAGCUUGCCAAAGAGAAGAUUGAAGGAUGCCAUAUUUGUACAUCUGUCACACCGGGAGAGCCUCAGGUCUUCCUAGGGAAAGACAAGGCUUUUACUUUUGACUAUGUAUUUGACAUUGACUCCCAGCAAGAGCAGAUCUACAUUCAAUGUAUAGAAAAACUAAUUGAAGGUUGCUUCGAAGGAUACAAUGCUACAGUUUUUGCUUAUGGACAAACUGGAGCUGGCAAAACAUACACAAUGGGAACAGGAUUUGAUGUUAACAUUGUUGAGGAAGAACAGGGUAUUAUUUCUCGAGCUGUUAAACAUCUUUUUAAGAGUAUUGAAGAAAAAAAACACAUAGCAAUUAAAAAUGGGCUUCCUCCUCCAGAUUUUAAAGUGAAUGCCCAAUUCUUAGAGCUCUAUAAUGAAGAGGUCCUUGACUUAUUUGAUACCACUCGUGAUAUUGAUGCAAAAAAUAAAAAAUCAAAUAUAAGAAUUCAUGAAGAUUCAACUGGAGGAAUUUAUACUGUGGGCGUUACAACACGUACUGUGAAUACAGAAUCAGAGAUGAUGCAGUGUUUGAAGUUGGGUGCUUUAUCCCGGACAACUGCCAGUACCCAGAUGAAUGUUCAGAGUUCUCGUUCACAUGCCAUUUUUACCAUUCAUGUGUGUCAAACCAGAGUGUGUCCCCAAAUUGAUGCUGACAGUGCAACUGAUAAUAAAAUUAUUUCUGAAUCAGCACAGAUGAAUGAAUUUGAAACCCUGACUGCAAAGUUCCAUUUUGUUGAUCUCGCAGGGUCAGAAAGAUUGAAGCGUACUGGAGCUACAGGCGAGAGGGCAAAAGAAGGCAUUUCUAUCAACUGUGGACUUUUGGCGCUUGGCAAUGUCAUUAGUGCCUUGGGAGACAAAAGCAAGAGGGCCACACAUGUCCCCUACAGAGAUUCCAAGCUAACGAGACUACUACAGGAUUCCCUUGGGGGUAAUAGCCAAACAAUCAUGAUAGCAUGUGUCAGCCCUUCAGACAGAGACUUUAUGGAAACGUUAAACACCCUGAAAUAUGCCAAUCGAGCUAGAAAUAUCAAGAAUAAGGUGAUGGUCAAUCAGGACAGAGCUAGUCAGCAAAUCAAUGCACUUCGUAGUGAAAUCACACGACUUCAGAUGGAGCUCAUGGAGUACAAAACAGGUAAAAGAAUAAUUGACGAAGAGGGUGUGGAAAGCAUCAAUGACAUGUUCCAUGAGAAUGCUAUGCUACAGACUGAAAAUAAUAACCUGCGUGUAAGAAUUAAAGCCAUGCAAGAGACGGUUGAUGCACUGAGGUCCAGAAUUACACAGCUUGUUAGUGAUCAGGCCAACCACGUUCUUGCCAGAGCAGGUGAAGGAAAUGAGGAGAUUAGUAAUAUGAUUCAUAGUUAUAUAAAAGAAAUCGAAGAUCUCAGAGCAAAAUUAUUAGAAAGUGAAGCAGUGAAUGAGAACCUUCGGAAAAACUUGACAAGAGCCACAGCAAGAGCGCCAUAUUUCAGUGGAUCAUCAACUUUUUCUCCUACUAUACUAUCCUCAGACAAAGAAACCAUUGAAAUUAUAGACCUAGCAAAGAAAGAUUUAGAGAAGUUGAAGAGAAAAGAAAAGAGGAAGAAAAAAAGGCUACAGAAACUUGAGGAAAGCAAUCGAGAAGAAAGAAGUGUGGCUGGUAAAGAGGAUAAUACGGACACUGAUCAAGAGAAGAAAGAAGAAAAGGGUGCUUCAGAAAGAGAAAACAAUGAAUUAGAAGUGGAAGAAAGUCAAGAAAUGAGUGAUCAUGAGGAUGAAGAAGAGGAGGAGGAGGAGGAGGAAGAUGACAUUGAGGGUGGUGAAAGUUCUGAUGAAUCAGAUUCUGAAUCAGAUGAAAAAGCCAAUUAUCAAGCAGACUUGGCAAACAUUACUUGUGAAAUUGCAAUUAAGCAAAAGCUGAUUGAUGAACUAGAAAACAGCCAGAAAAGACUGCAGACUCUGAAAAAGCAGUAUGAAGAGAAGCUAAUGAUGCUGCAACAUAAAAUUCGGGACACUCAGCUUGAAAGAGACCAGGUGCUUCAAAACUUAGGCUCAGUAGAAUCUUACUCAGAAGAAAAAGCAAAAAAAGUUAGGUCUGAAUAUGAAAAGAAACUCCAAGCCAUGAAUAAAGAACUGCAGAGGCUUCAAGCAGCUCAAAAAGAACAUGCAAGGUUGCUUAAAAAUCAGUCUCAGUAUGAAAAGCAAUUGAAGAAAUUGCAGCAGGAUGUGAUGGAAAUGAAAAAAACAAAGGUUCGCCUAAUGAAGCAAAUGAAAGAAGAACAAGAGAAAGCCAGACUGACUGAGUCUAGAAGAAACAGAGAGAUUGCUCAGUUGAAAAAGGAUCAACGUAAAAGAGAUCAUCAACUUAGACUUCUGGAAGCCCAAAAAAGAAACCAAGAAGUGGUUCUACGUCGCAAAACGGAAGAGGUUACAGCUCUUCGUCGGCAAGUAAGACCCAUGUCAGAUAAAGUGGCUGGGAAAGUUACUCGGAAGCUGAGUUCAUCUGAUGCCCCUGCUCAGGACACAAGUUCCAGUGCAGCUGCUCUUGAAACAGAUGCAUCAAGGACAGGAGUCCAGCAGAAAAUGAGAAUUCCUGUGGCGAGAGUCCAGGCCUUACCAACGCCCACAACAAAUGGAACCAGGAAAAAAUAUCAGAGGAAAGGAUUGACUGGCCGAGUGUUUAUUUCCAAGACAGCCCGCAUGAAGUGGCAGCUCCUUGAGCGCAGAGUCACAGACAUCAUCAUGCAGAAGAUGACCAUUUCCAACAUGGAGGCAGAUAUGAAUAGACUCCUCAAGCAACGGGAGGAACUGACAAAAAGACGAGAGAAACUUUCAAAAAGAAGGGAGAAGAUAGUUAAGGAGAAUGGAGAGGGAGAUAAAAAUGUGGCUAAUAUCAAUGAAGAGAUGGAGUCACUGAUUGCUAAUAUAGAUUACAUCAAUGACAGUAUUUCUGAUUGUCAAGCCAACAUAAUGCAGAUGGAAGAAGCAAAGGAAGAAGGUGAGACUUUGGAUGUUACUGCAGUCAUUAAUGCCUGCACCCUUACAGAAGCCCGAUACCUGCUAGAUCACUUCCUGUCAAUGGGCAUUAAUAAGGGUCUUCAGGCUGCCCAGAAAGAGGCUCAAAUUAAAGUACUGGAAGGUCGACUCAAACAAACAGAAAUAACCAGUGCUACCCAAAACCAGCUCUUAUUCCAUAUGUUGAAAGAGAAGGCAGAAUUAAAUCCUGAGCUAGAUGCUUUACUAGGCCAUGCUUUACAAGAUCUAGAUAGCGUACCAUUAGAAAACGUAGAGGAUAGUACUGAUGAGGAUGCACCUUUAAACAGCCCAGGAUCAGAAGGAAGCACACUGUCUUCAGAUCUCAUGAAGCUUUGUGGUGAAGUGAAACCUAAGAGCAAGGCCCGAAGGAGAACCACCACUCAGAUGGAAUUGCUGUAUGCAGAUAGCAGUGAACUAGCUUCAGACACUAGUACAGGAGAUGCCUCCUUGCCUGGCCCUCUUACACCUGUUGCAGAAGGGCAAGAGAUUGGAAUGAAUACAGAGACAAGUGGUACUUCUGCUAGGGAAAAAGAGCUCUCUCCCCCACCUGGCUUACCUUCUAAGAUAGGCAGCAUUUCCAGGCAGUCAUCUCUACCAGAAAAAAAAAUUCCAGAGCCUUCUCCUGUAACAAGGAGAAAGGCAUACGAGAAAGCAGAAAAAUCAAAGGCCAAGGAACAAAAGCACUCAGAUUCUGGAACUUCAGAGGCUAGUCUUUCACCUCCUUCUUCCCCACCAAGCCGGCCCCGUAAUGAACUGAAUGUUUUUAAUCGUCUUACUGUUUCUCAGGGAAACACAUCAGUUCAGCAGGAUAAGUCUGAUGAAAGUGACUCCUCUCUGUCGGAGGUACACAGCAGAUCCUCCAGAAGGCUCCAAUUUUUCAAUGUUCUUCUUAAAAUGGGACAUCUAAAACUACACCUACCUCAUUCCAUAUAUGGCCUACAUAGAAUGCAGGGCAUAAUCAACCCAUUUCCAGCUUCAAAAGGAAUCAGAGCUUUUCCACUUCAGUGUAUUCACAUAGCUGAAGGACAUACAAAAGCUGUGCUCUGUGUGGAUUCUACUGAUGAUCUCCUCUUCACUGGAUCGAAAGAUCGUACUUGCAAAGUAUGGAAUCUGGUGACUGGGCAGGAAAUAAUGUCACUAGGGGGUCAUCCCAACAAUGUUGUGUCUGUAAAAUACUGUAAUUAUACCAGUUUGGUCUUCACUGUUUCAACAUCUUAUAUUAAGGUGUGGGAUAUCAGAGAUUCAGCAAAGUGCAUUCGGACACUGACGUCUUCAGGUCAAGUUACUCUUGGAGAUGCUUGUUCUGCAAGUACCAGUCGAACAGUAGCUAUUCCUUCUGGAGAGAACCAGAUCAAUCAAAUUGCCCUAAACCCAACUGGCACCUUCCUCUAUGCUGCUUCUGGAAAUGCUGUCAGGAUGUGGGAUCUUAAAAGGUUUCAGUCUACAGGAAAGUUAACAGGACACCUAGGCCCUGUUAUGUGCCUUACUGUGGAUCAGAUUUCCAAUGGACAAGAUCUAAUCAUCACUGGCUCCAAGGAUCAUUACAUCAAAAUGUUUGAUGUUACAGAAGGAGCUCUUGGUACUGUGAGUCCCACCCACAAUUUUGAACCCCCUCAUUAUGAUGGCAUAGAAGCACUAACCAUUCAAGGGGAUAACCUAUUUAGCGGGUCUAGAGAUAAUGGAAUCAAGAAAUGGGACUUAACUCAAAAAGACCUUCUUCAGCAAGUUCCAAAUGCACAUAAGGAUUGGGUCUGUGCCCUGGGAGUAGUGCCAGACCACCCAGUUUUGCUCAGUGGCUGCAGAGGGGGCAUUUUGAAAGUCUGGAACAUGGAUACUUUUAUGCCAGUUGGAGAGAUGAAAGGUCAUGAUAGUCCUAUCAAUGCCAUAUGUGUUAAUUCCACCCACAUUUUUACUGCAGCUGAUGAUCGAACUGUGAGAAUUUGGAAGGCUCGCAAUUUGCAAGAUGGUCAGAUCUCUGACACAGGAGAUCUGGGGGAAGAUACUGCCAGUAAUUAAACAUGAGUGAAGAUAAGUUGUAAACUGAAUGCUGUGAUAAUACUCUGUAUUCUUUAUGGAAAAUUUCCUGCACUUAUUAGGCAAAGCGUAUGAAUGGGAUUAACUGGAAAAUAUAUCUGAAUUCAACUGCUGACUAUAAAUUAUAUUCUAAUAAAAUUGUGUACUAUCUUGUGUGCUUAGAUUUAAGAUCAAUCAAUAGAUAUAUAUCCUACAAUUGAUAUAUUGCUUUAUUCGCACUUUUAUUGUAGCUGAAUUUUUGUGCCUAUCUAUAAAACACACCUUCAAAUUAUUUGAAUUACAAGACAUCUGCUUUUGUGACAGUCAGAAAACACACCUGGCAUACAAUGCAACCCACUGUUAACUCAUUCAUAUAGUUUAUUCAAGUGAUUUAUGUAUUUAAACAUAUUGAAAAUGUUAGUCAAAUUGUGGUUUACUUGUCAGGUAUUUUUAUCAGUCUGUAGAGAGUUCCCAAAUUUCAAAGCUCUUUUAAUGUAAUGGACAAAAAUAAGAUAUGAGAAUAUUAUUGAUGAAUUUUCAUAAGGUGGAAUUGAUCUUAAUCUACUAAUAGAGAAGGGUAAACAGUUUGUGUUAAAUGUUGGCAUUUACUUGUAUUGACCAAAGUUUUGCAGCUCUACUAUAUUCUGUGCUCAGGACUAAAAUGCUGUUAAAUUGUUGGGUUUUUUUUUUUUUUUUUUUUUUUUUUCAGUGCUGUGCAUAUAUUCUGUGAUGGGAAACGUUGUUGAUGUCCUAACAGAAAUAUAUUUUGAUCUAUUUUCCUAUGGAGUUGUUUCUAUUAUCACCAUUUAAUUUUGUUUUUAUUUAAUAGUAGUAUUUCCUUCCCUUUUAUCUAAUUUUUUUAUAUGCUGCUAAAUAUAUUUUAAAUACACUAUGUUUGCAAACCUUGGUAGCUAUGGUGAGAACUAUUAUCAUCUGUGGUGGGAAAAGCUAUGUAAAUAGGUAGAUUGUAUAGAGAGACUAUCUUGUGUUGUGCCUGUAUGAAUUUUUAAAAGCUGUUGAUUGGAUUUUGCAAAAGGAUGUAUAAUAUUUCCGUCUGCCUAGAAUAUUAAUUUGUAAAUUCUGCAAGUUUAAUUUUUAUGUGGAUGGUAUAACAUUUGAAAAUAUUGUCUUACAUGAUUUUUUUCCCCUGAAAAUAUUUGCUUGUAAAUGAAAACUUAGCUAGGGCUUAAAUAAACAUGUUGCUAUGAAAUUA